GCCAUUGGCCACCACCACCUCAUUUAGUCGCUGUCAACGCGCAUCAUAUGGGUAAGCUCGGUAACUUUACGACUAUAGGCACAGAAAGUAGCUCAAAGAGACGCUUUUCAUCGAGCUGGAUGUGGAAAAAACAAGAGGAGAAAACGACUAAUACAGAGAAGGAAGGAAAAGUUUAUCGAAGUACCUUUAAUUUUGGAUUGUAUUUCUUCGUUCCAUUUUUUUAUUUAUUUUUUUCCGGGAGGGUUGAUUUGCGCAAGUGACGGUGUGUGCCAGCAGUGUGGAGGUGCCGUGACUGAAUGUUUCCGUGUAUUGGUUGAAAAAGUUAACGCCAGGUGAAUGUAUAGUAUGAUGAUGGAGACUGACCUACACUCCCCAGUGCCCCAAACGAACACGAAUUCGGGGCACACGGGAGGAUCAAGCAAUGGGAACAAAGUCAACCAAGACCGCGUAAAGAGACCGAUGAAUGCCUUCAUGGUUUGGUCCCGGGGCCAGCGGCGGAAGAUGGCUCAGGAGAACCCCAAAAUGCACAACUCCGAGAUCAGCAAGCGGCUCGGCGCCGAGUGGAAGGUGAUGUCCGAGGCGGAGAAGAGACCCUUCAUCGACGAGGCGAAGCGGCUACGAGCUAUGCACAUGAAGGAGCAUCCGGAUUAUAAAUACAGACCGAGACGGAAGACCAAGACACUGUUAAAAAAGGACAAAUACUCUUUGGCCGGUGGGCUGCUUACCGGGACAGGGGGUGGGGGUGUCGGUCUAGGGAUGAGCCCUGGGGUCGGACAGAGGUUAGACAGUCCCGGGGGUCACGGUGGUGCGUCUGCUGCCAGCUACGCGCACAUGAAUGGCUGGGCGAACGGUGCGUACUCGGGGCAGGUGGCUGCAGCUGCGGCGGCCGCGGCCAUGAUGCAGGAGGCUCAGCUCGCCUACAGCCAGCACCCGGGCAGCGGGCACCACCACCACUCACACCACCACCACCCGCACAACCCCCAGCCCAUGCACCGCUACGACAUGUCGGCCCUCCAGUACAGCCCCAUCUCGAACUCUCAAAGCUACAUGAGCGCCUCUCCGUCCGGCUACGGCGGGAUCGCCUACACGCAGCACCAGAGCUCUGGUGUCGCCUCGUCCGGGUCGAUGGGCACGCUGGGCUCUCUGGUGAAAUCGGAACCGAGUGUGAGCCCUCCCGUCUCUACUCACUCGCGCGCCCCGUGUCCCGGGGACUUGAGGGACAUGAUAAGCAUGUAUUUACCGACGGGGGAAGCUGCAGGUGACCCGUCCGUUCAAAGUAGACUUCACGCGCUGCCGCAGCACUACCAGAGCUCCACGACAGGGUACCUAAAGAAAAGGACGACGUUGUGGUAGUCGCGAGGAAGGGAACAAGACAGGCUCGAGUCACAACACCUGUUGACUUGACUAAUGUCUCGUGGGAGGAACUUCGUCUCGGUCGACUAAUGUUUUGAUUUGAUUUUUUUGAACGGGCUUCUUUUGAUUAUCUGUCCGGUCACGUCUUUUUUGACCAGCAGGAAGACGCUCACGCCAUCGGUCAACACUAGUUAGGCCUACUGAUGACAGAAUCACCCCUUUUAAAAUAAGUUAUUUGACUGUCUGUUUUUGCUCUUCUAAUAUCCCAUAUAAUUUGCCUAAUAAUGUAAACUUAAUUGUGGACCAAUUGUGAUGAUUUGACAUGUGCGUUCUGGUUAUUUGUUGAUCAUUGCCAUAUAACUAUGAACCAUUUUUUUCACAUUCCCUGUUUCAUGUUUGUCAUUAUACUCAUACGUUAACUAUAUUUCAGUCAUUUCCACAUCUCGUAAUGUGCGUAAAGAUUUUAUUUUUCAUGGACAUAAUUAUCAUUUUCAAGAAAGUACAAAAAUACGUGUAUUGGUCUAAAAUAAUCUCAUAAACUAUAAUAUUCAAAUGAGGGAAUAAACGAAAUGAGGGAAUAUUCUCUGCUCUCAUUUUAUUUCAUUCAUUUACAUUGAACUUUCAGAAAGCGUGGUUAUUCAAACUUUUCCAGCACUUGCUGCAAUUUUGAUGGAGAUGACAGACACAAACUGGAAGAAUCAAUGAUUUAUGUUCGCGGUACACUAAAGUAAAUUCAUUGAAAAGUGGUAGGAUUAUGAAUGAGAAGUAAAGAUGCUUAUUUUGUCAAGGAUGCUUUCUUUAGAGACGGGGAUCUUGGACGCGAGGCUUGAUCCCAAACUAAUCCAAAUUCAAUAAUGUGAAUGGAUGCAGAUACAAAGAAUAUACAAUUAUUCAUUGGUCAUUUAAUUAACAUUCUCAAUGUAUCCUUGCUCACUGCUU